GGCAAAAGGAGUCCGGCCCAAACAGCGAAGACAUGUUAUAUAUGUGUUGUGCAUCGCGAACUCUAGGGUUUUGUUCCGUCUCCCGCAAAAAUGGCUCCAAAGAGGGGUGUUGCAGUAGCAGCAAAGAAGACGUCGAAGGUGGUGAAUCCACUGUUCGAGAAGCGGCCAAAGCAGUUUGGUAUCGGUGGGGCUCUGCCACCGAAGAAGGAUGUAACAAGGAACGUGAGAUGGCCUCGGAAUGUUACCCUCCAAAGGAAGAAGAGGAUUCUCAAGAUGCGAUUGAAGGUCCCUCCUGCUCUCUACCAGUUCACCAAAACCCUAGAUAAGAACCUCGCCACCAACCUUUUCAAGAUGCUUCUUAAGUAUAGGCCUGAGGACAAAGCUGCAAAGAAGGAGCGUCUUGUUAAAAGGGCUCAAGCUGAAGCUGAAGGAAAAACUCCUGAAACAAAGAAGCCCAUUAUUGUGAAGUAUGGCCUUAAGCAUAUCACUUACCUUAUUGAGCAGAACAAAGCUCAACUAGUAGUGAUUGCUCAUGAUGUGGACCCAAUAGAGUUGGUUGUCUGGCUUCCUGCACUAUGCAGAAAGAUGGAAAUUCCUUACUGCAUUGUGAAGGGGAAAGCACGUUUAGGAUCGAUCGUGCAUAAGAAAACUGCUUCAGCUUUGUGUUUGACAACCGUGAAGAAUGAAGACAAAAUGGAGUUCAGCAGAGUUUUGGAGGCAAUUAAGGCCAACUUCAAUGAUAAGUAUGAAGAGAACAGGAAGAAGUGGGGUGGUGGUAUCAUGGGCUCCAAGUCACAGGCCAGGACCAAGGCCAAAGAGAGAAUUCUUGCCAAGGAAGCUGCCCAGAGGUUGAACUAAGAGCUUGCUGUGAUAUAUAACUGCUAUUGGAUUCGAGAGAGCAACUCCAAUUUUUGUGUUUGGUUCACAUGCUUGGCAAUGUUAGAGAUAUUAGUUCGAUAAGUACCUUUAUGUUUGCCUUUUGCAGAUUAUUGCUUUGUCGAAGCUUAAAAUUAUAACUUUAUCAGAAGUUCUUGUUAGAUGUUUUGUUGAGUGUUUUUUUAUGGCCGCGAAUUACUCAGUUAAUCAAGUAUCCACACUUAUACUGCUUAA